AUGGCGGCGCCAGGAGCGGCGGGCCGCGGCCUCCCGGGUGGGAGCCCAGACGAAGCGGUGGUGGAGGCGGCUGGACGGCCCGGCCCUUGCCUUAGCGGCGGCGGCACCGGCGGCACCGGCGGCACCGGCGCUGCGGCGGAGAGGAGCCUGGCAAGAAGACUGGCGGCUGCGGCGGCUAGGCCCAGUGCCGCCCUCAGCGGCUGGCAGAAGGUGGCGAGGCGGCGGCAGUCGGGCAGGACGGCAGGGAGGAUCGAUGUCUACUUUGUGAGGAAAUCCUGGCACUUCCUCACAGCACAGUGGGGUGACAGCAGAGCACCUGGGGUUAUCUUUGUCAUUGUACAGAAUCACUUCUUUACAGGAAAGUCUAUACUACGGACACAAGUGGACAGGAGGAAGACAAGCCCCUAUUUUUCAAAUAAAUGCAGUAAAGAAGCUUUCAGCCCACCCAGAAGGAAAGCCCUCAGAAAAUGGAUUCCUCCACGUUCCCCUUUUAACUUGGUCCAAGAAACACUUUUCCAUGACCCCUGGAAGCUUCUCAUUGCAACCAUAUUUCUCAACAAAACUUCAGGCAAGGUGGCAAUUCCUGUGCUCUGGGAGUUCCUCAAGAAGUAUCCUUCUCCAGAAGUAGCCAGGGCUGCAGACCAGAGAGAGAUGUCAGAGUUGCUCAAACCUCUUGGCCUCUAUGAGCUCAGAGCCAAAACUAUCAUCAGGUUCUCAGGCGAGUACCUGAGCAAGCGCUGGCGCUACCCCAUCGAGCUGCACGGCAUCGGCAAGUACGGCAACGACUCCUACCGCAUCUUCUGUGUCAAUGAGUGGCAGGAGGUGCAGCCACAGGACCACAAGCUGAACGUGUACCACACGUGGCUGUGGGAGAACCAUGAGAGGCUGAGCAUCGGCUGAACGUGGGACAAGCAUCAGCUGGGCAGGGGCUGAAUGGCAGCAGUACCUCGGGUGCCCGCA